CGCCGUCGCCGCCGUCGCCGGCAACAGCAGAGCGUAUCCUCGGCGCAAAACCCCGAAGCGAUUCCAUUGCGAGCUCUGCCCGAAGCACUUUGGCCGGCUAGAGCAUCUCCAACGCCACCAAAGAACGCAUACGCAGGAGAGGCCGUUUGCCUGCGCCAUCUGCCCAUCCCGGUUCGCAAGAAGCGAUUUAUUGAUUCGGCAUGGGCGACUAUCUCACAACAGUAAUUCCAGCAGCCGUGGGCUGCAUCCUGGCCCGAGCCCCCUCGAAAGUGGUGGUGGAUUCUCGGGGCCAGAGCGAACGCUGAGCGCGACAAGCCCUGGAACCAGCAUCCAAGCUUGCGCGUUGGGAAUCGUCGAACCUGCCGUCAAUGACCAUCAGCCCGACGAUUGCCCCAUGGACGUAACCGCAACGGACGUACGGCAAGGCAAAUUCCAGGACAGCUUCGCGAAUGACACGGCCCACGGCGACGCUGCAUCAGCUGGCGAUUCCGUCGGGCCCGAUCUCAGCGAGGACACGGAGCCGGCACGUUUGUCUCCCCUCACGGCCCCCGUCGUUGACCCAGGUCUCCUGCCCGAACCAGACGACACAGACAUGGACUUCUACACCUUUAACAGCUUUGCCAACUUCUUGGAGAAUGCGCCGCUGCCGUCCUUUUAUUUCUCGUCGCUGCUCACCACGGAACAGCCGCUGCCGUUCCUCUCGCCCCCAGAUUGGGGCGAGACACGCGACGAGCUGGACGUGGGAUGCCAAACGAUCACGUAUGAGCGACAAGAGGGCUUGGCCGACGAGCCUGACUCGUUCUCGCGAUUGGGAUCGAGGCUCCCGUCACUGCAACCAGAGGAACCGCGCCCGGGUCGCCGACACCCGAGCCCUUGCCCUCAGGAAACGGACGGACACAGUCACAUAAGAUACCCAACACGCGUCCCGGACAUAUCGAACAGCGACAGGCAGCUCUUGCAGCACGCGGUAGCGGACUUCAGCGCUGUUCUACGAGGCUUUCGGCUUCCGACACGCCUGACGCUAGCCCGCUACGUGCGCGGAUACGUUGAUGGCUUCCACGAGCACCUCCCAUUUCUCCACAUUCCGUCAAUGUGCGUCGCGACAUGCUCUAUUGAGCUCAUUCUAGCAAUGGCCGCUGUCGGAGCUCAAUACUGCUUCGAGGCCGAUGAGGGCUUGGCCCUGUUCCAUGCCGCCAGGGCCAUCGCCACGGAGCGCAUUAGGCGGCGAGACGCAAGGGUCGCAGAGGUAGGACGCGGUCACGGGAGCGUGCGUUCUUCUUCCUCCAACGUCACCAGCUCGCUGAGCCCCGACGGCCAACACGACUCGAGGUCGAACUAUACGUUCAAUGGGCCACUUGGGCUCCCGUCGGAGAAGGGCGAGCACAGUGACGCAGCGUCCCCGAAGGAGCAUUUGCUGCAGUCAGCCCAGGCGCUUCUUAUCCUCAUGGCCAUGGCCACGUGGGCCAAAUACAAGGAGAUACUGCGGGAGGCUCUAGCAAUACAGAGCAUCCUUGCCAGCUUAGUUCGGGAGGACGGAUUGAGCCUGGCCCCUUGGGAUGAGCGCCCCGGCUCAUGGGAGGAAUGGGCUCAGUUCGAGUCGCACUUGAGGACCAAGUACACCGUCUUCUGCUUCUUCAACCUCCACUGCAUUGUCUACGACAUACCCCCCCUAAUACUGAACUCGGAGCUGCACAUGCCAUUGCCAUGCGCGACUGCCCUGUUCAAAGCCACUACGGAGGCCCAAUGGAGAGAGGGGCUGAAGCGAACGCACCAGAAACCCCUCGACUUUCAGGAUUCGCUGCGUCGGUUGUUCACCAGCAAUAGCAGCGACACCCUGCAGAGCCAUUCGUCGCUGGGCAACUACGUGCUCAUUCACGCCAUAUUCCAGCACAUCUUCUUCGUGCGGCAAUCAGCUCGAUGCCGCUCUGACUCGCCUGAGCUCACUGCAGAAGAGCUGCGGCCUUUGGACCAGGUGGUGCGCAACUGGCAGUCCAGCUGGAAACGCAGCCCCGAAUCGUCUCUCAAUCCUCUGGACCCGAAUGGCCCCGUCGCAUUCAACUCGACGGCUCUCCUUCGCCUGGCCUACAUCCGCCUCAACAUGGACACCGGGCCCGGCCGAGCCCUGGGCACGCGCGAUCCGCUGCAGAUAGCGCACGCACUGCGAGAUACUCCCGCGAUCAAACGGAGCCCCAAAUUAAUCCGCGCUUUGCUUCACUCCGCCCAUGCUCUCAGCAUACCCAUUCGGAUUGGGAUCCGCCUGGUGGCCAAGACGCAGACCUUUAUAUGGUCAAUCCAGCACUCGCUUUGCUCGCUGGAGUGCGCGUUGCUGCUCAGCAAAUGGCUAGAGGCCAUCUCGAUGCUCGGGGCGGACCCCAGUCCGGCCAUUUCAGACAGCGAGAUGCGGAUCCUGUCGCUCGUCAGAACCGUACUGGAGGAGACCGAGUUUAGAGUACCUACCGACGAGCAGCUGAUGAGCCUGUCGCAGCUCGCCAAGCACCUCAACGUAGGAGUGCUGCGGGUGUGGGCGGCAGUCUUCAAGGGCGCCCAGACGUGGGCCAUUGUCGAGGUGAUUGGCGAUUCCCUGGACAUGUAUGCGGACAUUUUAGAGACAACGUGA